UCAGUUUAUUGGUUUAUCUGAAUCACUUCCAACUCUCUUCAUAGCAGUUCUUAUUUGAAUAGUACAAGAAGUAGACAAUUUUGGGUUCCUAAAUUCAAACUUGAUUACGACUAUAAAGAUAAAGCUUAGUAGUUGUUAGUUACUGUAGUCAUACGAGGGUGCAGAAAACCAUGAUGUCGCCGCCGCGGCCACCGCCAAUUGAAUUGACAAAGGAACAGCUCUUGGAUGGUCCGCUUAAAGCAUUUGGAUUUGAGCUUGAUCUCAUCUCGCCGGAAAAAGUUACUGGGCGCCUUGUGGUCACUCCCAAUUGCUGUCAGCCAUUUAAGGUGUUGCAUGGAGGGGUGUCAGCAUUAAUAGCGGAGGGGUUGGGAAGCAUCGGAGCUUAUACGGCCUCCGGCAGGCGGAGGGUGGCCGGAAUACAACUGAGUAUUAACCACCACAAGAGUGCUCAAGUAGGUGAUCUUUUGUUUGCUGAGGCAACUCCUCUCAGUACUGGCAAAAUUAUUCAGGUCUGGGAAGUGCAUUUGUGGAAAACUGGUUCCUCAAGCUCAGAGAAUAGGUCCUUGAUGGCAUCAUCCAAGCUUACACUUGUAUGCAACCUUGCAGAAAAUACCAAAGAUGCUCAAAAGUAUGUCAAGCAUGCCAAGUUGUGACUCUUUUGUGGUCAUACUGUCUAGAAUCAAUUAUCAACAAUGCAUAAGUAUUGGAAUUAUGUAGAGUUAUGCAAAACCUUUUCUCUUUUUUUUUUUCGGGUAUUUUGCAUAAUACAAAGUGAUGGUCCUUUACACGUAGUUCAGUUUGUCCCAAAAUGUUUGUCAAAUAAAUAUCACUUAAAUGUAUGGUAUUGAGC